CCAUUGACGAGUAAUGGAAGAUACACAGUUUACGGCUGGGUAUUCGUAUACGAGCUCGAUGUGGAGACCCCUAAUGACAUAAGAAAGGCUGUCGUAUUCUACGUUAACCCUGCGGUAGUGUCUUGUAAACAACCUCUUCAACUUUUUUCUCAUGCAAAAACCAAACAAAUAUCAGCAUCUUCGUAGUCGCGAAUAACCACAUACAAAAGACUUAUGUAACACUCAGGAAAAAAUCUUUCAUGAAAGUUGGUAAGAAAUUAACUAACUACGUAUGUCUAAUGGAUGUGAUAUUAUCAUCACUGCAGCGACAACUAUAUGUAAAAAGUAACAUUUGUUUGUCAACUUUCAUAGUAUCGAGUAGAGAGUAUCGAUGGUUCUUCUUUUGUAUCGCGCAUCUCUCCCUACACAUUAAUGGCUGCUCAUUUAAGUUCGUGUGUCUCUGCUGCGAAAUACUCCCAAAUUUAUAGUGAAAAUCGGUUUGAAACGUUUGAUAGCAGUGCAGCAAUCGGUAGUAUCGUUUUGUAAAAAGUAGUAUUUAAUAUUCGUGGGCUAGAAAUCUGUAUUGUUUAAGAAAUAUUUGUCAGUCAUAAACUGCAAAAUCCUAGAAAUUAUAUUUCCUCAAUCUGAUCGAUUAGCGGAAAGAAGGAAUAGAAAAAAACAUCUGUGAUACAUAUUAAGUGCGUACGAGUGAGCGAGACGAAAAUCAUUCAAGAUCUCAUGGAAACUAGGAAGUUUUCAUUAUUUAUCGUUUUCAUUUUGAUAUAAGAGAGAGAGAGUGUACGUGUACGUGAAAUUCGAACUGUCAAAUAGAUUUUAGUGUUAGUGAUACAAGAGUGUAAAAAAGAAACUUUUUCGUCCAUCGUCGAAUAAGUGAAGCAAAAGCGAUAUCAGUUGGUUGUUUUUUGCACUCAACGGCUGAGACGGAAUAAUGUCGGAAUCAAUAUCGAUAGAUUUGCAAUCAUCGAUGUUAUUAGAAACAUUGCGGCAAACGCCGACUAUUCAAGAGCACCAACAAAAAGAUAGCGGUGGAAGUAAUCUAAACACGGUUACUGUUGACGAAAAAGGAAGGGGACAUUUCUGUUCCUCGCUUCCAUCAUCUUCAGAUAGUGGUGGUGGCGGUGAAAAUGCAAUUAAUUUGGAUGGAAACAGUGAAAAAAGUGCAUUCGAGGUAAUGGAUCCGGCUAUUUUAUCGGCAACGGCACCUUCAGAAAUGUCUUCAUGUGACAACGGGGAGGCUAGUAAUGAAAAGCUCUAUCAUACACGAUAUUCAAUAAACCAGCUGCUAGCACUUCGCAGCGCAGAGCUUUCCAAAAGGAAACCACCCUGUAUCAAAGAACCAAAGUCGGAAAAGCAUGCCAAAAUGUUCUUAAUGUUAGUCAAACAUUCGGAACCGUCAUAUGAAGAAGAAAGUGGUAAUGCAUCAUCUGUUGGAAAUUAUAACAGGAAUCGCAGCGUGUACUCUUCAAGUAAUGGUGGUGGUUCAGGUGGUGGAAGUGGAACUGCUACGGGAGGAAGUAAUGGAGGUGGUGGAACAGGUAGAAUGGAAAUGCGUAGAUCUGGUGGUUUGGACCUACGUGAUCCGAAAGAAAGAUUACGUAAAGAAGAUGGCAUUGUUCUUUCACCUCAGCGCAGAUCAUUUAACAUGGGUUGUCAAAUGCCAGCAGCUCCUCCCAGUGGAGCAAGCAAUAUUUCUAUCGGAAGCAGUUUACUUCGAAACGAACGUGAUAUUUUAGGUGGGCGAGAACGCCGAAUUGGUAGUGGCAGAAUUUUGUCACGAGAUGUCUCCUGGGAUUAUCGUCCCGAUAAAGAUGUUGUUGAGAGCAAUGACUUCAGAUCGUCGAACAAUCUUGGUUUUCGAGAUCGUGAACGGGAUGCACGAGACUCUAGAGAUUCCCGUGAACCUCGGGAACGCCCGGAACGUGAAAAAGAUUACCGUAAAGAGUUCGAUCGAGAGCGUGAAAGAGGUCUAGACGAUCGAUUUGAGCGCCGCCAACUUAGUAGGGAUCAUGAUCGGACUGAAAAAGACACUCGUCUACCUCGCGUAUCACGUUAUUCCAACUCCUUCGGUUCGAACAAUGACUCACACGGAAACAAUAACUAUCAUUCCAAUAGUUAUACAUCCAGCAAUCAUUAUCACUCCAAUCACCACGAGCGUCGUCGACAGUACAGCGAUACUAGAGAUGAAGAACCUGAAUGGUUUAGUGAACCUACAUCCCAAAAUGACACAAUUGAACUGCGAGGUUUCGAUGAUCCAUUGCCGGAAGAGGAUUCCAAAUCGGACAAAGACAACAACCCCGAUGAAGCUAGCUCAGAUCGUUCAGAGACCAAAACCUCAGAGACAGAUUCAAAGUUACAGCAAUCAGCUUCAAAUCAAAAUGACAACAAUAAUAACCCAGAUCUGUCUCCAGUUGACAAUGGAAACAAUAAAAAUAUCACUGAAGCUGCAUCAUCUGGUGAAUCACUCCAACUUGAUCGUACCCCUGGCGAUGGAGCUAGCGAGGGGUCCACCAAAUCUGCCGCUUCGAUAGCCACACUAGGGUUAGUUUCCGCUGCUAACAAUCCUAACCCAAUCCGGCAAUCUAAAAUAACAGACGACGAUUUCAACUUUGAGGACUUUCUCAAACUUGACGCUCUGCCCAGUAAUCUGCUUUAUCCUGAUAUGCCUAGCAAAGGAAACGGAGGUGGCGGAGGUUCACGGUUUUCGCAAUGGUUUCGUCAAGAGCCGGCACAAGUCCAAACCCCACAACAAUCUAGACAACAAUCUCAGUCUCAACAGAAACCGCAAUCUCAAUCUAAUCCACACUUUGACAGUCGACGUUCAUCACUACAGGAUGAGAUUAAUAACAUGAUCAAUGAUUUCACAUCCUCCGGACUGGACGAUCAUAUUCCAGACUCGAAUUCGACGAAAUAUUUCGCUCCGAUAUCCCCAGCGGCGAAUACCUCUUCCAAUUCAUUACUGGAGCUCUUCCAACGCACUGAAAAACAACAGCAGAUACAACACCGUGAACGGGAAAGAGAACAGCAACAGCAACAACAUGGUCAUCCUCUUCUGGGUAACCAUCCUCCAAAUCAUCCAGUUCUCCAUCAUCAGCAGCAGCAGCAUCAGCAAAUUCAGAAUCGCAAUCUGCAGCAAAUGCUCGGUGUCACUGGUGGAGCAAACAUGGGCGGUCAUGGAUCUCUGGGAUCUGCCCCAAAUAGCGGACAAAUUCAUAGCGUUGAAGAAUUAGAAGCUCGUUUUCGACAAAACGACGUUGAAAACAGCAAUCGCAAUGCCCCGAAUGUUGGUCCAACAAUUCCAAGAUUGAUAACACCGACCACAAACGUUGAUCAGCAACACGAGCGUGAGAUGAACGCAUUCAAGAAAUUGUUGGCUUCGAUUACUGAGAAUCAACAACACCCGCAUAAUGUGCCACCUCAACAAGGAGUUCAUCCGUCUCAUCAUCCAGGAGCCGUCACUCAUCCUGCAGCGGUUGGUCUGUUGCAACAACAACAGCAGCAGAACGAAUUACUCCAAAAAAUGUUACACUUGAAACAAAUUCACCAUCUACCGGCGAACGAUACACGUCAUGCAGAAAUUCUCAAACGUCCGGAAGCUCAGGCUCUGUUGCAUGGAGUUGCACGGGGAGAACUAUCACAGCAUAAUCUUUGGCAACAACUAACCAAUCCAGCAACUGCUCAGCCUCACCGCGAAAUCUUGUCAUCAGUCUUAAGCACUUUCAACACCAGUCCUCGUGUAGUUUCACCAAACAUUUUGAUUCAGCCCAGCCCCGGAGGAGGGGCUGUUCCUAUUUUGCCACCACAAGCAGCUGUGCCACCAACUGCUGCAGCGGCUGCGGCAGCCGCAGCAGCUGCCGCUGCAGCUGCUAAUAAUGCCAAUCUAUUGUUUCAACACCACUCCAAGCAACAAAUGCGUCUCUCUCCACUUCCCAAUGGAAUGCCACAACGAAUUCCUUCACCUCGCGAAUUGCAGUUUCACACUCAAUCCAUUAUGCAGAAUGCUUUGAUUCGCAAAAAACUAGAAGAGCAACGAGAAAACUACCGUAAACGUCAAGAACAACAGCAGCAGCAAAAUCGCAAUCAACCUGAGGCAAGCUCAGCUUCUUCAACGGCUUCGACCAACGUUACCACAACGGCAACCGCUGUUACUAAUAAUUCAACAUCAUCCCAGACAGGAAACAACUCAAAUAACAGCUCAUCCGCUACGACCAUCGUUGCUACUGCAACGGCUGCUUCCACAAUUACUACUCCAGCCAUUAUAAAUGCGAUAUCAUCGCCUGCGAAACAGAAUCAAGGAUCACAUUCACAGCACACGUCCUCCCCAACCCCUCUAGCCUUCACGCCAACAUCUGUUUUACGUAAGAUGACUGCAGAGAAAGAAACCGAACAAAUUUCAUCCAACAAUAGCAUACUUAACACUGGCAACACGAUCACGAAUACUCAUCAAAACGAACGAUCGAUGAUCGGAGUUAAUAAUCACAAUCCUAACCCAAUUAUGAUGGGUCCCAACAAUCCCUUGCAUCAGCAGCAAAGAAAUUUUAAUACCCUUAUUGGUCAGCCCCCACCUAUGCAACAAAACCCAUCACAGCCGCAAGGACUACCUCCGCAACUGCCACCCCCUCAUCAUCAUAUGGGUGGCCCCGGUCACCUUUCAAAUCCGUUGGCAUCCCAAAGUUCACAGCAACCAAAUCCAUCCCAACAACCUCAAACCACACAUCAGCAGCAGCAAAUGCGUAGCAACCAUCCGGUGCAAUCAGGUGGACUUCCUGGAAAUAUUCCGUGGAAUUUAAAGCAACCACACCCAGGUCAACAAAUUCCACCUAUUCCGAAACCACAAGGAAGACCAAUCUUGAAAGGAGGAAACACUCAACCACAGCCGCCCCAACAACAACAACUUUCUUCGCCUAUGACUCAAAUUUCAUUCGCUUCUAAUCUGGAGUUCCAACAGCAAAUGCAACAGUUUCAAAGUCGUAGUGGUAACCCAAUCCUAGGAGCUCAUCAGCCUCCUCAGCAACAAAUGUUACAGCAACAGCAACAACAUCACGCUCAACAUCAGAAUCAAAUGAAUCCUCAUUUGCAGCAGUUGCUUCAACAACGCCAGCAGCAACAACAGCGUGCUAUUCGUAACCAACACAUGCAACAAGUUCCGCCGUCAUUCCGCAUGGGUCCCCAGCAGCAGCAGGCUCAGCCUGGUCAACAUCCACUGCAAGGACCACAACAACAGCAACAAAAUCCGCCAACGCAGCCUCCUCCGCAGGGGGGCUCAGGAAUUAUCAAUUAUAAUCGUGAUGGUGCCCUCUCACCCACAAGUAAUCAGCUAGCUCGCUGGUUUUCACCGGAACUGCUGGCUCAAGCAUCGGCUGGAAAGCUUCCAUCGCUUAAUAUUAGCCAGGCUAUGAGCCUGGAAGAAUUUGAGCGCAAUAUGCAGCAUUCCUCGGCAACAGUGCACAACUGAACCUUAGCGCGGCCGGUGAACUUUUCGCCGAACAAUAACGUUCCACAGCUGCAACAACCUCCUCCACCGCCUCCCUGGAUUAGUGGGCCCGCAAUGCAACGAAUGCUAGAUUUACGACGACAGAACAGCUGCAUCUCUAGCCCCAGCGGCAACAAUAGCAACAAAUUCUCUUGUCGGCCAACCGAGUAAGUAAAAUUUACUAAAAUUGUCUUGUUUGGAACUACGCUACAAUUGUACUAUAACUUUCAAUGAUUUUGAAAAAAUAACAGGUUAUUUAGGAAACCAAAAAAAAAAUCGGAUUGAAUAUUGUACAGUGCAUAAGAGAAAAUAUAAUAACAUUCAAAAUAUAUGGCAAAACCUGCUGUAAAAUAUUAAAAGAAUAUGUUAUAAAAUCAAUUUCUCCCGCCUGCUUUACAGAAACGUAUUUUGAAUCGUUCUAGUUAGAUAGGUAGCUUUUAUCAAAUGUCCAUCAAGUUGCAGUUGGAAGGCAACAAAACACUUGUCUGUAAAUGUAACAGAACUUGUACAAGUUAAUUGAAGUUGUUAAGUGUUUCUGCUUUGUCAAAUUUUCACCUUAUAACACUUGGAAAUGAAUGAGACCACGAAAUGGAACCUUUAUUUUUCAUAAUUCAUAUUUUGCUCGCUUGUUAUUAGAAAAAAGUUCUUUUCUUUUGCUAAAUGGGAAUUUUGCCUAUUGAAUAUUACUCCUUAGAGUUAGUGAACAAAAUAGAUAAUCUAACGCCCAAAAAACAAUGGAAUAUGCUUUGACUGUGGCACAUAAAAUAAAUCACCAUCUUUCGGUGUUGUACGCAAAUAUAUUUUUUAUCUAGUGGCAAAAAGAACAGAUAUAAAAUUGAAUUAAUUCUAAGCAAAGUAUAGAACUUGCCUGGCAUCAAUUUUUCAUGUUUUGAAAAUGAUACCCCAGUAGUAUACAGGAAGUUACCUAUCACAGACAUAUGAAAUCACUAGAAAUUGCGAUACGCAACUACAAGCAAAUAAUGAUUUGAUUUUAUUCGAAAAAUAAAAAUGAUGGUCAAAUAAAAAAUAAAAUUUCUCUUUCGUGUUGCCAAAAUGAAUGCUGCGCAAUGGCAAUUGGAAUUUGGCAUAGUAUCCAGUUUUGAAAUAUCAAAUUCCAAAAUAUUCAAAAGUUGGAACAUUUAUUAUCAUCACAAAAAUGACGAAUUUUGCAGCGGUUGUGGCUGAGAGCAUUCUCAUUUCAUUGUAGAACGCCUUCAACGAACAGCUUUCUCAAAAAAUAUAUAUUCAAUAAACAAUACACGUGUUGAAAUUGUGAUUGCCAGAAUUUUAGUCUUUUGGUACAUAUGUUGGCAGCCUUGCUGUCGAAAAUUCGAAGUAAGGAUUGUUUCUCUUAGUACAUGUGAUAAAUGUAUUUCCUAUUAUUUUAUGAACGUUUUUCGAAAAGGUACAAACAGCAAAACAAACACGAAUGGAUGAAGUGAUAAAAAGUUGACCACUGAUUUAAAGGUAUCUAUAAAUGUUUUAGUUGGUUACAUACAUUACAUAAAUUUUUAAGAUGAAAUCUUAUUAAACUAUUUCGUAGCGGAGCACUGUUUCGUUUUCAAUGCAUCAGAAGACUUUUCAAAGGCAAAAAAAUCUUACAAAUAGUAAAAAUUAGACAAGGAUGCGAUCUUUCUGACUUUAAAACAUUUAAAUCUUUCAAUUUUAUUCUAUUCUGUUGACAGAUCGAAAUUUAGACUUAAAUAUAGGGGAAUUGCAUUGUCGUUUUGAGUAAAUAACUGUGGUACUGUAUAAGCAAUUAUUGGGUCUUCGUUUUUUUUUAAUUGCUGCUGUACAAACUGUGGUGAAACCUGACCAUUGGUGAAUUAUUCAAUGAGUAAGUUGUAUAUAUAUAAAGCAAGACAAAGCAGCCCAUUGCAUACUACUCUGUUUGAUGUAUGUCAAAAAAUUGCAUUGAUUAUACAUUAAAUAUAUGGGGACACUUGUAAUAAAAAAUGUGUUAGAGUAACAGUAGGAUGCUCAUUCUUAAUCGGAGAAAACUUUGGUAUACUACAGACUUACGAGCUCUCAAAUGUCUACUUAUAAAGUGAUGGUGGGAGUAAAAAAAGCUUCAGAGCUAAAAUAUUGACAUAACGGGUUCACAUUACACAUAUUUGGCAGUUAAGAAACACUUCCAAAUAAACUUUGUAAGUAUUUAUAUGACUUCUUCUAAUAUAUCAAUUUUCGCAAUUCAAUUGUUGAACGUACACACUAAAAAAUUUCUCCGAAUCUCGGCAUUAUUUGGGCCGAGAUUUGGACAGCCGAGUGCUCAGCAACCAUCUCGGCUGAAUUUAUUUUGCUGAGAAUUUCGGGAAACCAGCAUUUGACAGAUGUCAUUUUAUGCCGAGAAUCUCGGUAAGCAUUUUACUGCGCUUUCGGCAGAUAUAACCGAGAGGCGGCAUACUAGUCUAACGACUUCUCGGUUUAUAAGCUGAAUGUUUCGGAACAAUAGAUGCGAUUUUCCAGCCGAAUCCAAUUGCAGAGAAUAAUUUCGCUGAGAAUUCAGUAGUUUUCUUUCAAAAGAUAAAUUAUAAGCUCGAUGAGUUUUACUAAGAAAGUAAUUUAUUAAUUUUGAGUAUUGAAUGUUUACGAAAUAUUCAAAAGUUUCACGUCCUCCCCUUGCAGUUUCUGUUGAACCGCGUCCAUUUCACUUUGAGGUGCUUUUUCCGCUUAGUGUUUGUUUGCACAGGCGUCACACGUUUUUUUACAAGUACACUACUGCCACUUCGCACGAAUGUGUACCACACUUUUUUCGACUUCCGGCUUGAAAACAUCUGUAGUUUACACAAAUUUUAGCAAAACUUUUAUCCGCUUCCUGUUUAAUACGUCGUAUUAAUGCGUUUGCAGAAAUUUGUACGAAGGGAAUUGGCGGCCAAUGGAUCAUGAGAAUGACAGCUUUGUUGCCGAAAUUCGGGAACGAGUAAAAUUCGUGCCGAGAUAUCAGUAAUAUUUUUGCUGACCUCGGCAUCAACAGUGUUUAACGAUAAAUUCGGCAAAAAAUUAGACGAGAUUCGUCAAGCUUAGUUUUUUGUCGAAGCCUCGGCAAAUAAUCUGACGACUUUCGGCAACCGGUUUUUUCUUGCUGAAAUAUCGUUUAAAUCCCAAAGUUGCCGAGUGAACUCGGAUAUUUUUUCAGCCGAGCUCGAGAUCCACACACUUAGAUUUUAUUGCCGAGAACUCAACAGCUGAUAAAAUCAGCGAACUGUUUUACAAGUUUUCGGUAGCAUUUUCAUGAACUUCGGCAGGCGAGAUGUCAUUACUUGCUGGUUCACGGUAAAUCGAUAUAUUUGCUGAAUGUUCGUCGAAAUAUAUUGCUGAUAUUUGUUGAAAAGUUCGCCGAGCUCGAUCAGCUGUUGGGAAGUUUGCCGAAAUUAAUAAGGUGUGCAGUUUUGAGUGUGCAGUUUUGAGUGUGUACAUGUAUUGUCGUGCAAAUCAAUCGUUGAAUGUACAUCUAGUGCCCAAUGCCGCCUUUAGACACGCUUCAGUUGAACCUCUAAAAAGCUUCAAUAAAUACUUAAAAAAUGUUAAUAAAGAUUCAUAGUGAUUUUACCGAGGUCCGUCUGAAAAAUAACUUGGGCACUAGAGCGUUAAGAAGGGUUCUUAAAGUGAAUAUGAUUGCAGCAUUGGUCUGUUCGUGUACUGAAAUAAAAUCUGUUACACUGGUGUUUAAAAAAAGUUUCUACAUGCAACUUGCUGUUUAUAUGAAAAUUAUCCUUUGUAGGCAGUUGAUCAGACAUCUUUUCGAUAACUUUGUGAAUGUGAACCCUGUUAAAAUGGUAGGUGUUAUAAAGCACAAAGAUAGGUAGAUCGAUAUUUGCUAUCGAUUUGUUACCAAGUAUUGGAUGUUGCAUCACUUGGUAUAACGCCGGUUCAAAUAGAAUGCGAAGAUUAUAUUUAUUCACACACAGAGAUAAAUAAACGCAAGCUGUGUCAUGUAACAGUUAUGUGUAUAAGUACUAACAAACAAAAUUGAAGAAGUAGCAUGUGUACGUCAAAGUAAAAUUCAAUCAAAUUUAUAGUAAAUUUGUUUAUUAACUCGGGUGACUGGGUCAACAAAUUGGGUUUAUAUGCUCUUAUUUAAGACUUUUGGCGAAACUGCAUGAAGCAGGUUAGUUAACAAAUCUUUUGUAAGUGUGGAAAGAUUACUUAUUUUAUCAAUAGUGUAAACAAACACCUUAUUUGAUACUGUACAAAUGUAUGUAAUUUCAAAAUACUAUAACAUCAAGAAAUCAUUCUGUUUGUGCAUGACUUAUGCACCGUAUUUCAACCCUUGACUGGAUGUUCAUGAGAUAUCUUUGCUCUGUUUAUCUGUUUUUGAUUGUGAUUUGAAGCAUACUAAUAGGUUCGCAACUAAAAUAAAAAUACUGCAUGGAAACGAUCUUGUUUUAAGUCAUGACCGUAACUAUUAGAUAUUAAGCCUAAUCGACCUAGACUACAAUUAGCUGUUAAACAUAAUAAUCUAAAAUAAAAUUAUAUUCAUGAAAGUCACGAUAUUAGGAUUGCUGUAUAAUAGAGAACGAUGAAAUAGCAGAAAGAAGACACAUGAACCUAUAAAUGAGAAUGCUAUUAAGAUGAAACAAAAUGCAUAACACUUGAUUUACGAACAAAACAACGCCGCUAGUGGAGAACUUUGUGUAGUUUCUAGAAGAUGAAAACCCGAGCUGAAGCUAGUACUACAGCUUGAGCUGCAAAACUGUUUAGAUAAGUAACACAAUAUUCAAGCUUUCAUUGAAAAAACUGAGCAUGUAAAAAGCUGAAGUGUUAUUUGAUGGAAACUUACAAUACACUAGAAAAUGAAGAGCAAGAAUUUGGCAACUACACAAGAAUGCUAUGCAAGUUAAAUAAAAAAAGAGAAAAAUGAUUAAACAAUUAUAUGUGACUUUUACAAUGACAUAUGUAAUAACAAUUCAAUUAAAUUGAACCUGA